AUGUCUACAAGCGCCAAGGGGCCAGCUGACGACUCCUCCACCAGCGCUUCUACCAUCAACUUCCCCACCCGCCCCUACACCCCCCACCACAAAAUCUGGCCUUACACCCCCUCCGACUUCCUCCGCCAAGACGAAACCCUCGAUACACGCUUCUACUCGGCGCCCCGCUUUGUGACCCACAUCGACGAUCCCGCAAUCGCGAGCCUCAAGACAUACUACGCUGCCACUCUCCCACGACGGGGACGUAUCCUAGACUUCUGCUCCAGCUGGAUAAGUCACUAUCCCCCUACCCUCGAGGACGCGGUAAGGAAGGGCGAGCUCGAGGUCGUGGGGAUGGGUAUGAGCGGUGCGGAGCUGGAGGCGAACAAGAUACUAGGUAGUGGGGGGCGUGUGGUGCAGGACCUUAAUACUUUCCCCCGUAUCCCUGAGAGCGUAGGGGAAAUAGACGCCGCGACGUGCGUUGUGUCGAUCGACUACUUGACUAAGCCUGUCGAGGUGUUAGAGUCGUUGCGGGAGCGGACGAAGGAGGGUGGGAGCGUGCACCUGGUGGUCAGCAACCGGUGUUUUCCGACCAAGGUCGUGGGGCGCUGGUUGAGGAUUUCCGAGGAAGAGAGACUGGAGAUGGUGGGAGAUUAUUUGUGGUUUGCGGGGUGGAGGGGGAUUGAGAUCGUUACGGUUAGUGAUGGUAAAUUGGAGGGGGAUGAGCCAAAGGGGUUGAUGGCAUGGCUUAGGGGCGGGAGGGAUCCGCUUUGGGUUGUUAGGGGGAGCAAGGUGGGGGAUUGA